AUGACUUCCGUCUUCCGAAAUGGUCGCAUCUUUGUGCCCUCGACUAAGGGUGACAAUGAGUUCGCCGAGGGCAUGGUUAUCACAGAUGAUCGCAUCACCUACGUUGGCUCCCUCGACGAUGCACAAAUCCCAGCUGAUGCGAAUGUCGUUGAUUUGGAUAACCGCGUUGUGAUGCCCGGCUUCAUUGAUGCCCAUGUACACAUCUUGCACUAUGGCCAUUCCCUACAAAAGGUCGACCUCAUCAAAUGCACAUCCCUCGAAGAGAUUCGCGCAACAAUCAAAGCCUACGCUGUGGCUAACCCAUCUGUGCCGCACAUACUUUGCCGAGGAUGGAUUCAAUUAUCUACCAAUGGCAUUGCGCUUGCAAGUAUGCUUGAUGAUCUUGACCCGCGACCAAUCUUCAUCGACGCCUUUGAUCUGCACUCCAUGUGGUGCAAUUCAGCUGCUCUUGAAGCAAUGAAUGCCCAUACUGCCCCCGACCUUCCUGGUGGUUGCAUUCAUCGUGAUGAGAAUGGAAGAGCUUCUGGUCUUCUAGAUGAAUCUGCUGUGGUGAACAUGGCCUGGCCUUAUGUGGAAAGCCUCUACUCCAAAGAAGACAAUCUUGCUGCUUUAGACAUAGCAGUUCAGACCUACACCGCUGCUGGCUACACCGGCGUUGUGGAUAUGGCCAUGGACGAAGGCACUUGGGAGAUUCUGAAAGAGUAUCGCCGCGAUAAGCAUAUUCCGUUCCAUAUUGGGGCCCAUUGGCUCGUACCAUACACCGAAGAUCAGGAAGUCAAUUUCACCUUUGUUGACCGGGCAAUUGAACUGAAAAAGGAGUUCAAGGAACCAGAUUUCUGUGUCGUUGGAAUCAAGCUCAUCUGUGAUGGCGUGGUUGAUGGAUGCACUGCCGCCCUGCUUCAACCAUACACCGGAAAAUCCGAUCCGGUCGAGCCCAUUUGGCCUGAGAAUCAGCUUCGUGAAGUUGUCCAGCGAGCUGAUUCAGCUGGUCUGCAGUGCGCGAUCCAUGCAAUUGGUGAUCGCGCCGUUCGCCAGGCAAUCGAUGUUCUCUCACAAGUCGGAACACCCGGUCGGAGACACAGGAUCGAACAUCUAGAAAUGACAACAUCAGAGGACGCGAAGAGGCUAGGUGAACUAGGAAUCACGGCCUCGGUCCAACCUGUUCAUUCCGACCCAGCACUAUCCAAAGCCUGGCCCGGUCUUAUCGGGCACGAUCGAUGCAAGCGCGCCUUUGCCUACAAAGAAUUCAUGGAUGGGGGUGCGCCUCUCGCAAUUGGAACUGAUGCGCCAACUGCGCGUCAUUUGCCAUUCCCCAAUCUGUAUAAUGCGACUACCAGGCGAUCGGCACUCGAGCCUGAGAGUACUGACACUGUCAAUGCUCACUUCGGCAUCACACUGGCUGAAGCUGCGACUGCUGCAACUACUGGAGCAGCAUAUGCACGCUUUGCAGAUUCCUGGACCGGGAGUUUGCAACAGGGUUUAUCUGCCGAUUUUGUGGUAGUCGAUACGCAUUGGACACCAGAGAAACUUCUCGAGGCAAAGGUCUGCCAGACUUGGUAUCGUGGAAAGAAUGUGUACAACUCAACCGAAGCUACAAGCGGGCAGUAG